CCUAAUUAACAUCCCCCUUAUCCCAUGUGGCGUCCUCAUCCAUCUUCUAACAUAUCCAUUACCGUCUUGUAAUUCUUUACGUCCACGGUGUCGAGCAAGAUGUCGAAACGAAAGUCAAACCAAUAUCUCGCGAUGAAUGAGGAUGAUCUCAACCACGAGAUCGAGAAUAUGCCGAUGAAGGAUAGCUGUGACACAGUGCGCCGCAAAAUCCGCGCCCUCAUCGACAGCGGCGAAAUGCGUGUCGGCGAAUUCCAAAAGGCCAUCAACGUCACCAGCAACGCAUACUCCAUGUUCAUGGGCCAGAACGGGCCUUACAAAGGAUCCGGGAGCUCUGUAUACCCAGCUGCAUGGGCGUUCUUCAAGAAGCGCGAGCUCCGCGGUGUGAAGACUAUUAAGAAGCAGAGGACAGCCGCGAAUGCAGGGUUACGUGAAGGGGGUGAUGGGUUGCCGAGUAUCAACGGCAUAGUGCUGGAUGGGGAGAUGGCGGAUGCAGUGCCUGUUUUCGACACAUGCGACGAAAUCCGACGCAAAAUAAACGCGCACCUUCAAAAGCCAAGUGUAACCUCAGCCUCCUUCCUCCGCGACGUCGCCGCGCAAUACCACCUCUCGGACAGGAAAAUCCAGUCCAAACAGCUCAACGACUUCAGGUCCAAGAAGGGUCCGUAUGCGGGGAAUACCUCGGUUGUGUUUUAUGGCGCGUAUGUAUACUUUGAGAAGCUGAGGGUCAAGGAGGGGAAACCAAAGAGCAAGAUGAGGCUGGAGAUGGAGAGUAUUCAUGGUGCGAGGGGUGGUAUGGAUGUGGAGAGGAGGAAGGAUUGGGUGACGGCGCCCAUAGGGGCCAGUGUAAGCGAGGAUAAGUUUGGGAGGUUGCAUGUUUCGGAGCCGAGGCGGUGGUAGGGGCCGCGAAUCGGGAAUUAGGGUAGGGGAUGGUAGAUGGCCAGUUGGACGGUGCUGUACGGAGGAUGGCACUGCUCCUAUCAAGCCUGGAUCAGCCUUCGG